CUUUGUAAGAGCAGGUGCUCUGAGCAUCUGCUGUGCUGUGCUGUAGCUGUGCAGCAUUUGUGCAGGAGACUCUCAUACUGAGGGCUAUUUCCCUCAGCAACUCUUGCAUACAUAAUAUAAUUUUCUCCUCCUUUCCCUUUUCUCUGAGAUACACGCACACUAUACAUAUGAGUCAGUGUGCACUUGCUCUCCCACUGUCUCUCUCUUUCUCUCUCUCCCUCCCUCUUUCACUCCCCUCCCCCCUCACUCUCUGUCAGUGACACAGAAAAACUAACCCCCCCCUUGUAUAGCGCAUUCAUGCCCCCAUGGCACACAAACACCCAGCUCUCGCUCUUCCUCCCCUGCCUUGCUUUGUUUUUAUUGUAUUUUUUUAAAUCCCUCUUUCUCGGUCAGACCAUUCGGGCAAUGAUAGAGAAAGUGCCCCUCUGUCCCUUCGCAAAUAAGAAACCACUUGCACCCAGUCAAUUUGUUCUGUUCAUCUGUGGUGUUUUUGAGAAGCAAUAUUUUGUAACAAGGAAUGGUCCACAGAGAGGUUUUGUCCACAAAAUAAUUGAGAGUUGUUUCUUUUGCUUAACUGUCAGUCACCCAAAUGCACUCUCUCACUGUCAAUCUCCUGCUGGCGCUGGAUGAUAACCAGCCUCCCCCCUCCACACUGUAUCUAUGUUGCUUUCUCCCAGCCCCCUCCUCACCCCCACCCCUUUUCAGUCUCCAUCCAAGUGUGUUCUUCGGCUCUGGCUCUCUGUCUAAAUAUAUAUGGGCAUUUCUACCUCCCUCCAUCUCUCUGAACCACAGCCAACCCAAAUCCUGGUCGGUCACUGAAGUCUUGGGAUCCCCCCAUUUUGCUUCCAUUUGCGAUUUGGGGGUUUGUCACGGGGGAUAAUAUAUAGAACGCUGAAAUAUCUGAUUUUUUUCUUUGCGUUUAGCAAAAAAGAAAAAAUUGCUUCGUUUGUUCGCAUUACUCAGCUUGGUAUUCUCUUUGGUGGACCACAGUUCAUAGUCAGUGGUGUCCACUGUGACCGAGGCUGUGUAAGGUGUGAAGUUCUUAAUUGUAAGAGGCACGGACCAGAGGAAGACCCCUAUCCAACAUCUCCUUUCACCCUGCACGAGACAUGGAAGAUGUACCGAUGAUUAAACUCGUUAGUGGAUUAAUGAUCUAACGGUGCGAUCGUACCGAUUUUUUUGUGUUUGAAAUUGACAGAUAGCCUACGCUCCGGGAUUUUCAGGAGUCCGUUCUCCUCCACUUAAAGAGUCUCCUGGGAUCCUCCUCCGUGUUAAUCCCUCACCAUCUCCAAACCGUCCUCCCAUCCAUCAACACAAGUGCCACUCCGAGCAGGAAAAAUCCACAAGAGCGAGAACACUGUAUUUUGUACACCAGCGCGACAUUUAAUUUCGUCUCGCAUUUGGUUCUUUUUUUUCUGAGAGUUGAACAGCCUCUAAUUCAUGAUGAUUUUUUUCAGCGGACAACCCGCUUUAAUCAUCAGCAGUAAAUUCCAUUGAUUUACGAAAUAAGUCGAAAGAAACUGAGAAGGGGAAAUCAAAUAGGGAUUUUAAAAUUGUAGGCUACAGUUCAAGCUUUGGGGUGGUUACCAGGGGGUUUAGCCAUCAUGGAAACUGUCCCCAGCUACUCCCCGUCAAUAUGGGUCCGGGUAUGUCAUGCCCUCCCACGCUUGGACCUCACAAUGCAGAUGCGGGAUAAUUCGUUCGUCCCAGACAGUUGGGAAUACCAGCAGACUCUGCUCGUCCUUUCCAGCCUCUCGGCCAUUGCACUCAUCUUCUCGCUCCUUGUCGUCCUCGCCUUCCUCGUUCACUACUGCUGCUGUCACCGUAGUGACUCGGGCAAUACUUCCGAUGAAGAGGAGGAGGACGAUGAUGCCAGCGGUGGCCACGGAUACAGCGGGAGAAAGGGAAGGGGCAUCUGUUGUGUCACGUGGGUUUCUGUGGCAGCAGUCACCCUUUGCUGUGUUGCCAUAGGCGUUGGUUUCUAUGGCAACAGUGAGGCCAACGAUGGGAUGUAUCAGUUGACCUCGUCGCUGCUCACAGCCAAUUAUACACUGGCUUCCAUCGAUCUGCUGGUGGCUGACAGCGUCGCCGGGCUCCAGCAGUCCAUCUCUGGGCCUCUGACCACCAUGGAGGACCUGUUCACAGGCAACAAGCCGGCGCUGGUGUCCACGCGCUCCUGCCGCCGUCUCUCUGAGCGGGUGGUGUCCCUCCUGUCCUCCCUGACCCUGGCCCGUGGGCUCGUGCCCACAGACGGGGGCACGGGGAACGGCAGUGACACCAUCAUAGGGGUGCUGACCCCAGCGCCCCCGUCCAUCGCCCCGACCCUCACGCCAGCCUCCUCCACACAAGGGCCUUUCUCCCCAGGAUGGGCGGCCAACACCCUCAUGGUGAAUGAAGACUACAGAUGGCUCUCAUAUGUCUUACUUCUCCUGCUGGAUUUAGUUGUGUGUCUUUUCAUCCUGCUGGGUUUGGCUAAACAGGCCCGGUGGCUCCUUAUACUGAUGACAGUCUUGGCCUGGUUGGCUCUGUUCCUGAGCUGGGGUUCGCUUGGUCUGGAGACAGCCACCGUAGUGGCUCUAAGCGAUUUUUGCUUUGACCCAAACACAUUUGUCCUCAACUCCACUAAUUUCAACACUGGAACAAGCACAGAUAUCUUGGAUUAUUACCUCACAUGCAGCCGGAGAAUGAACAGCCCAUUCCAGCAGCUGCUGACUCAGUCGCAGAGGGCGCUAUCCAGUAUUCACUCCCAUCUCUCCAAUCUGGAGAGAGACGCCCUCCCUCGGUUUCCAAAGGCAGAGAGAUCACUCAGGGAUGUACAGCAGAUCCUGAACUCCACAGAGGGGAACUUCCAUCAGCUAGUGGCGUCACUCAAUUGUCGGGGGCUUAACAAGGACUACAUCGACUCCCUGAAGGGUCUCUGCUUUGAUGGGAUGGAGGGCCUACUCUAUCUGUCUCUCUACUCGUUCCUCUCGGCCCUGGCCUUUACUGCCAUCCUGUGCUCACUCCCGGGGGCCUGGAGGAGCUUCGCCGGUGACUCAGAAGAAUACGAAGAUUCUGACAGUGAGAGCGAGGACCCCUUCACUUCUCAUCAGGCACGUAGACCGACGGCCAUGGGCUCCCAGCGAGGGGCUUUGCCCCCCUUCUAUAGUUACCAGGGGGCCGGCUGGACACCCCCCUUUUCUAGCGCGCCACCCCUCCCGACUCAAAACGCUUCCUCCAAUGGCAACCCUGGCUAUGAGAGCCUGCCCUUGAUUGACAGGCAGUCCCCACCCCCCUCUUACUCUCCCAGCAUGCUGACCGGCUAUGGGGGUAGUCAAUCAAACCCCAACCCCGCCCAUUCAAGGAGCCUGUAUUCACGCUAAUUAUUUUUUAUGUAUAGAAUAAAAAAAAAAAUCUAUAUAUAUAUAUAGCAAAUGUUUAGUUUUCAUAUGGAUGGACACUUUAAUGAGAUGAAAGAGUAAUUAAAAGAAAUGUGAAUGCAACUCGUGGAGUCAAGGGUGUAACGUCAGUACCAUUGAGAAUUAGAAGCACUUAAAUGCAACAGAUUGAAUGGUUGAUUUACAGAUAAAAGCCAUCCAGUGUGCUCGAGAGGUUAAUCCUCACUCAAAGUAACCCCUUUGCAAACCCCCUCCGGUCUGUCUAGUGUCAUUGUGAAUGGUUGCGCUGAAAGCCCAAAUGGUAUUGACGUUACUUUAGUUCUCUCUAUUUUUUACAUGUAUCACCACUUUAUUUUGGAGCUUUUUAUAUUGUUGUAAUGUAGUCAAAGACACAUAGCAACGAUGGCACAACUUCAGUGUAUGAUUAUGCAGUGUUCCUCACUUGGUAUUGAAACAUUUUUUUAUUGUUUACUGUACUUUUUUAUAGGUGGCAACUCUGUAUUACCUUGUGUACCUUUCUGAUACUAUAUAACCUAUAUUCACUGUAAAUGAUGUUUGGUUAUUGAUGCACUUUUCCUCCUUAUGAAACAUUCAUGUGAGGGCUAUGGUGACCAUCUUCUCUGAUUGCUGAGUGGAAGACUACAUUACCCAUCUGACACUGAGCAAUACAGCCUCUCCCACUGACAAUGACACAGUGGUUACAAAGUAAGCAGCAAUAAUAAUAUAGACAUCAAUGAACAGUGUUGUCUGUGUGUGUCAGGGGUCUGUGGGAUGUUCUGUGUGUAUAUAUAUAUAGAUAUACAUAUGCAUAUAAAUAUAUGGUAUGGUGGAUAUUGCAUUGAUCCUCCACCCCUUUCCAACCAGCCCCAUGUUUCUUCAUGUUAUUCCUCAAUAUUGACUUUCUAUGGUAUUAAUGCUCCUUUUGAAUGGCAUCCUUUUUCACUACAGAGUCUAAUACAAGUAAAAAAUAAAACCUACUGUAACAUGG